AUGUUUCUAUUCUCUCUCUUAUUCUCUUGCUCAGUUUCGUUUCGUUUCUUCUCUUUUUUUAAAUUUCUAUUCCUUAUCCCCUCCCUUAAUGUUUCUAUUUUCUCUCUUAUUCCCCUUCUCGGUUUCUUUUCUUGUCUUUUUAUUCUCUCUCCCGCUUUUAAUAUUUCUAUCUUCUUCCUUACUCUCCUUUUCAGUUUCUUUCCAUUUCUAUUCUAUCUCUCUAUCUCUCUCUCUAUGUUUCCAUCCUCUACUCUAUCCUCCUCUCUCUCUAUGUUUCCAUCCUCUACCCUAUCCUACUCUCUCUUUAUGUUGCCAUCCUCUACCCUAUCCUCUUCUCUCUCUAUCUAUGUUUCCAUCCUCUACCCUAUCCUCCUCUCUCUCUCUAUGAUUCCAUCCUCUACCCUAUCCUCCUUACCUUUUUUCUUUCCGUUUUUCUCUCCUUUUAUAUUUAUUUUAUCUUUCCCUAAUUUUUUUAUCCUCUUUUUUCAUCCCUCUUUAUUCUCUGUUUCUGUCCUUCAUCCUUCAUUUUUUUUCUAUUUCCUCGUUCUCUCUUUCUUUCGUUUCUAUCCUCUUUUAUCUCUUAACAUUCUGUCUCUUUCCCUUUUUUUUUCUCCUUUUUUAUUUCUAUUCUGUCUUUCCGGUGCCCCUUCUCGUUUCUAUCCUUUUUUCUAUGCCUCACCAUUCUGUUUCUUUCUUUUGUUCCCUCUGCUUUUAUUUCUAUUUUCUCUCUCUCACUUCGUUAAAUUUUUAUAUCUUCUCUCUUAUCUCACUUUGUUUCCUUUCUUCUCCCCUUUUAUUUGUUUCUAUUUUAUUUCUCACUCUGUCUCUGUGUACUCUCGUUUAGUGUUUCUAUCUUCUCUCUUUUCAUUCCAUUACUUUCCCUUCUUAUUUCGUUUUUUUUUAUUUCUAUCUAUUCUCUCCUUUCCCUUCUUUAAUACUUCUAUCAUUUUCCUUAUUGCUCCUCCUCAUUCUGUUUCUUUUCUUUUGUUCUCUACUUUUUAA